AUGCAGGACGGAAGAGCAGAGAGUCGCUUGCUGGCAUUCUCAGCCGGCGGCCGGAGGUCGCAUGCACGGAGGGACUCGAGGAACUUUGCUGUCCUGUCAGCCGUCUGCUUGGAGAAGCGAGUUCCCUCGUCUUCUUCUCCCUCUCUCUGCGCCUCUCCGUCUCGCUACGAACAACUCGUGACCGCCUUCAAGGCGAGACACACAGACAAAAGAGACAACAAGAAGAAAAAAAUCUCGGAAGGCGUCCUGCUCUCUCUUGCGGCAGUGACUCACGGCGGAACUGCUGGGAUCAGUCGGUUGCUUCUUGCCCCCUUCGACCAAGUAAAAAUUCUUCGACAAAUCACGCCUCUUCCUCCGUCUUCUUCUGUUUCUUCUUCAUCUUCUUCUCCUUCAUCUUCUUCUCCUUCAUCUUCUUCUCCUUCAUCCUCUCCUCCGUCUGCCUGUUCUUCUCCUUCGUCUCCUAUGUCUUCGUCUCCUGUGCCUUCUCGUAGCUUCGCCAGUUCCUCUCAAAGCGCCCCGCCGGCGCCUUCUUCAGUGGGCGGCGUAGCCAUCCCUGCUUCCGUUCAGUCUGAGCGUAAGUGUUCGUCUUCUCCGUCCUCUCGUUGCGUCUCUUCUUCUUUUUCUUCAUCCUCGUCUCCUCCUUCUGCUCCUUCCUCUUCGUCGAGCGCAGGCUCUGCGGCUCUCAAGUCUUCGCCAGGAGUCAAUUUGGGUUCGAGCCUGUCUGCCUCUUCUUCACCUUCAUCGUCUUCUUUCUGUGUCGCUUCCUCCUCUCCACGCACUUCCUCUUCUCUGUCAACCGCCUCGAGAUCCACUGGCUCGGGAACUUCGGGUGUAACGACAGGCCCGUCCUCUGCAGGCGUUACGGUUUCUCGCUUUCUGUUCGUCUCUUCUUUUUGGUGGGGAUCCAGCGCAGCCGUCUACGCCUCCAUCGCGGCUUCCUCCAUUCGGCUCGCCCUCUAUCAAAGAGCUAGGCUCGUCUUUUUCAGUGCAGGCGACGACAACUACACAGGCGCUCAGAGCUGGUUACGCCAUGUCGGGUGUAUGUCUGUCUGCGCCUUCGCCGCGCUCGCCGUCUGCUACCCUCUCGACGUCGCCCACACAGCCAUGUGUGUUUUAGCUGCGUCUUCUCGGCGCUCUAGCCAAGUCGCCUCGUCGCUUCAGCAGUGGCCAUCGCUGAAUGCCUUCGCCUCCGGACAGGCCUCCGCCGGAAGAGAGAAAGGCGGGAGCUGCGGGGUCUUCAGGCCGUUCUCUUCGGAGACGCCUGCGAACGGUCAGCAUGCGGCGAUGCCGCGCCAGGCAGCACAAGAAAGACGCACAUUUCUCUGUGGCAACGCAACAGAAAGGAAAAACGCGAGAAGCCGACGCCGCAUUCGCCCUCUGCGCCUCACAUGGCAACUGUACAGACUAGGCGGCUUCCGCCUCCUUUACAGCGGAUUCGGCUUAUGUGCGGCCACCGUCCUCCCGUUCACGUUGAUCAGCGGACUUCUCCACACCAAGUUCUACGCACUGCUGCUGUCUGUACACUGCAACGCGGGCGAGACCGCGCAAGCGAAGGUGGACGCGCCGAGCGACGGAGAAGGCAGUGGACCGCGACAAGGAGACCGCGAAGUGACAACGGAGAAAGAGGAAAGCAGAGAGAGAGCAGAGAGGGGAGAGGACGCAGGGAGAAGAGAGAGAGAAGAAUGGGGAAGGGCAGGCAGAGAAGAAACAAGAGAGACGGUGACUGGAGAGAUGAAAGGGAGAAGAGAAGCGUUUGGAAAACCUUGCGAGGCGGAAGGAGAGAAAGAGGAGACGCCCAAGGCGCCGAGAUGGAGAGAAGCGGCGACGGCAGCGUUCGCCGCGGGGCUCUGCGCGCAGCUUGCGACUUAUCCUCUCGACACGAUCAGGCGUAGACAGCAGUAUGCUGCCAUCUGCAGGGCGCUUUCUCCUCCGUCGACCUCUUCCGCCUCUCCCUCGUGUGGGGCGUCUGUACACCCGCCGAAGCGCGCCUCGCGCGUCUGUCGGCUUUUAGGAUUCCCCCAUCUUUCUCGUUUCUUUCCGAAGCCUUCAGCAGGUUUGUGGCGCGGAGUCGGUGUGGUGCUCGCGCGCGCAGGACCUGAAUGCGCCAUCUCCGUCUCGGUUUACUCUUUCCUCAUGGGGAAUCUUCCCUCCCUCGCCUACCACUAA